AUGGCUCACAAAGUUCUACCAUACCCGACGGAGGAGCAGGCAAAGGCGCUCUUCAGUCCUCGGCAGACCCUUUCCAUCAGCUGCAUGUUCGCGGGCCUCCUCAUCGACACAUACCUCCUAGGAAUCUUCAUCGUCCUGCUCUAUCGGUACUGCACGUCUGGCCAUCAGAGGUCCGACUCGCAUUUCACCCGCAUUUGUGUGUUUGGGACAACUGCCACAACCCUAGGCGUAACUGCAUACUCGGGGUGGCUCGUGUCGCAUCGCUUUGUAGUCAACUUUGGGCACUACCAGCCGUUCUUUGAGGCGACGCCUGGCCUCGCGUCCACCCUCGCCGUCAAGAUCAUCUUUGCGUCGCUCGCGUCCGCACGCGACUCGGCAAACGUUUACAUCCCAACGGCAAUCUGGCUCGCCAGCACAAUGGUGACUGACCUGAUCAUCACUGGCGCGAUUCUGUUCGGCCUGCUCAAAUCUCGCACAGGCUGGACAAACACCAACCGUAUGAUCACGCGGCUUAUCCGGAUAACACUCGAGGCACAGAUUCCUGCCACCAUGAGUGCCGUGAUUUACCUUGGGGCUUUUCUCAAAGAAAUCAGUAUCCAGCGGCGCACAUGA